GGCUACACGAACAGCAGAGGUUCCUUCAUCCUGGUUCUCACUUCAUGUUUUGGAUGCUACAUGGCUGGAUGAGAAGUGACUCCAGGCAGCUGGCCUGCCUCAGAGCACUGCCAUGAACCACUUCCAGGCCAUCCUGGCCCGGGUACAGACCCUGCUCUCCAGCCAGAAGCCCAGGCAGGUGCGGGCCCUCCUGGACGGCCUGCUGGAAGAAGAGCUGCUCUCACGGGAAUACCACUGUGCCCUGCUCCAUGAGCCUGAUGGUGAUGCUCUGGCCCGGAAGAUCUCCCUGACCCUGCUGGAGAAAGGGGACUUAGACUUGACCUUCUUGAGCUGGGUCUGCAGUAGUCUGCAGGCUCCCACAGUAGAGAGGGGCACCAGCUACAGGGACCAUGGAGGUCAUAGUCUGUGUGCCACCAUGGACCUGGGGGCUCCAGAGGGCAGCUACUUGGAGCUCCUUAACAGCGAUGCCGACCCCCUACACCUCUACCACCUCUAUGAGCAGAUGGACCUGGCUGGGGAGGAGGAGAUCGAACUCAGCUCAGAGCCAGACAUGGACACCAUCAACUGCGACCAGUUCAGCAAGCUGUUGCAGGACAUGGAAAUGGAUGAAGAAACCCGGGAGGCCUAUGCCAACAUCGCGGAACUGGAUCAGUACGUGUUCCAGGAUACCCAGCUGGAGGGCCUGAGCAAGGACCUCUUCAUAGAGCACAUUGGAGCAGAGGAAGGCUUUGGUGAGAACAUAGAGAUCCCUGUAGAAGCAGGACAGAAGCCUCACAAGAGACGCUUCCCAGAAGAGCAUGCUAUGGACUCAAAGCACAGGAAGCUAGUGCCCACCUCUAGGACCUCACUGAACUAUUUGGAGUUCCCAGCUGGGCACAUCCAGAUCUUCACCACUCUGCCCCAGGGACUCUGGCAAAUCUCAGGGGCUGGCACAGGGGCUGGCACAGGGCUCUCCAGUGUCCUAAUCUACCAUGGUGAGAUGCCCCAGGUCAACCAAGUACUCCCUUCAAGCAGCCCCACUGUCCCCAGUCUCCCCCAGUCCCCAGACCGGCCUGGCUCCACCAGCCCCUUCGCACCAUCUGUAGCUGACUUGCCCAGCAUGCCCGAACCUGCGCUUACCUCCCGUGUAAAUGAGACAGAGGACAUAACAUCCCCCUCCCCAUGCCAAGAAGGUUCCGAGUCUUCCAUCGAGCUUCCAAAAUGGCCAGAGUCUGUGGAGCGGUUCCAGCACUCCCUACAGGACAAGUACAAGGCAUUGCCUGAGAGCCCAAGUGGUCCUCUGGUGGCCAUGGAGCUGGUGCGGGCCAGGUUGGAAAGAGGCAGCAACAAGAGUCAGGAAAGGGAGCUGGCCACUCCCGACUGGACAGAGCGCCAGCUAGCCCAUGGUGGUCUGGCGGAGGUACUUCAGGUUGUAGGUGACUGCAGGCGACCACGAGAGACACAGGUGAUCGCUGUGCUGGGCAAGGCUGGCCAGGGCAAGAGUCACUGGGCCAGGACAGUGAGUUACACCUGGGCACGUGGCCAGUUGCCACAAUAUGACUUUGUCUUCUAUGUCCCCUGUCAUUGCUUGGAUCGUCCUGGGGAUACCUACCAUCUGCGGGAUCUGCUCUGUCCCCCAAGCCUGCAGCCACUGGCCAUGGAUGACGAGGUCUUUGAUUUCAUCAUGAGGCAGCCGGACCGUGUUCUGCUCAUUCUAGAUGCUUUUGAGGAGCUAGAGGCCCAAGAUGGCCUUCUGUACGGACCCUAUGGACCUCUGUCCCCAGAACCCUGCUCCCUCCGGGGACUGCUGGCUGGGAUCUUCCAGCGGAAGCUGCUGCGAGGCUGCACCCUGCUCCUUACAGCCCGGCCCCGGGGCCGCCUGGCUCAGAGCCUGAGCAAGGCAGAUGCCAUCUUUGAGGUGCCCAGCUUCUCUACUAAGCAAGCCCAGACUUACAUGAAGCACUACUUUGAGAACUCAGGGACAGCAGGGAAUGAAGACAAGGCCCUGGGCCUCCUGGAGGGCCAACCUUUUCUCUUCACCCAUAGUCAUAGCCCUGUUCUGUGCAGUGCUGCGUGCCAGCUCACCAAGGCCCUGCUGGAACAGGGCACAGAGACCCAGCUACCUUGUACACUUACAGGACUCUAUGUUGGCCUGCUAGGCCCUGCAGCUCAGAACAGUCCUCCUGGAGCCUUAGUUGAGCUGGCUAAGCUGGCAUGGGAGCUGGGACGAAGGCACCAAAGCACCUUGCAAGAAACCCAGUUUUCCUCAGUGGAGGUGAAAACCUGGGCAGUGACCCAAGGCUUGAUGCAGCAGACCCUGGGGACCACAGAGGCUCAACUGGCCUUCUCCAGUUUUCUGCUACAAUGUUUCCUGGGUGCUGUGUGGCUGGCACAGUGCAAUGAAAUCAAAGACAAGGAGCUGCCACAGUACCUGGCCUUGACCCCGAGGAAGAAGAGACCCUAUGACAACUGGCUGGAAUGUGUGCCUCGCUUUCUGGCUGGAUUGGUUUUCCAGCCUCGAGCCCACUGCCUGGGAGUUCUGGUGGAGCCUGCAGUGGCUGCAGUGGCGGACAGGAAACGGAAGGUUCUUACCAGGUACCUGAAACGCCUGAAGCUGGGGACACUUCGGUCAGGGAGGUUGCUGGAGCUGCUACACUGUGCCCACGAAACACAGGAACCUGGGAUUUGGGAGCAUGUUGCACACCAGCUCCCUGGGCACCUCUCCUUCCUGGGCACCCGGCUCACACCCCCAGAUGUGCACAUGCUGGGCAGGGCCUUGGAGACAGCCAGCCAGGACUUCUUCUUAGACCUUCGUCAGACUGGCAUUGAGCCCUCUGGACUGGGAAACCUCGUGGGACUCAGCUGUGUCACCAGUUUCAGGGCCUCCUUGAGUGAUACAAUGGCAUUAUGGGAGUCCCUUCAGCAGCAAGGAGAAGCUCAGCUGCUCCAGGCAGCAGAGGAGAAGUUCACCAUUGAACCAUUUAAGGCCAAAUCCCCAAAGGAUGUGGAAGACCUGGACAGCCUCAUGCAGACCCAGAGGCUGAGAAACCCCUCAGAGGAUACAGCUAAGGAUCUUCCUGCCAUCCGGGACCUUAAGAAGCUAGAGUUUGCGUUGGGCCCCGUCUUGGGCCCCCAGGCUUUCCCCACACUGGCAAAGAUCCUUCCAGCCUUCUCUUCCCUGCAGCACCUGGACCUGGACUCACUUAGUGAGAACAAGAUUGGAGACAAGGGUGUGUCGAAGCUCUCAGCCAUCUUCCCUCAGCUGAAGGCCCUGGAGACGCUCAAGUAAGUACACUGGGCCUGUCUCCUCCCUGCUUCUGAUACACAAAAUUUCUCCAGCUGACCCUCCAUCCUGUCAUCUGCCCAUCUCUCUGUCAUUCACUCUUUCUGUUCUAGAUCAUGCGCUCUCCCAUUCAGUCACUGCAAAUCCAUUCUGUGUUCUUCCAAAUGUAUGUACAGUCCAGGAGACUACCUCAGGAACACUGGUUGCCUCUUUAAGACAUAGUCUCUCUCUGGCUUGGAACUUACCAGUUAUGCCAGGUUACCCAGUCAGUGAGACCCAGAGCUUCCACAUGUCUUCAUUUUACCAGUGUUGGGAGUACAAGCAUGCCUAACAUGCCUGUCGGUCCUAGGGAUCGAACUGAAGACUGUGAGACAAGCACUUUAUCAAGCCAUCUCUCCAGACCUCAUUUAUUGGUUUGAUGAACAAAGACUUAAGGAAGCCUUGCUAUCCUGGGCAACAGUGGAGACCCCAAAGAUCUUGCUUCCAGACCUCAAGCCUCUUCACGUACAAUAAACCAGAAGCAAACAAAUAAAUAAUUACAAAUCAAUAAGCUGGGCAUAGUAGCACUGGGGAGGCUGAGACAGUGGGAUAACCACAAGUUUAAGGCCAGCCUGUGAAUCAGUCUCAAAAAACAAAUGUUGGGGGAUGGGCUGGCCAGGCUGCUUAGUCAGUGAAGGUGGCUGCUGCUAAGCUUGACAAUUUGAGUUUUGUCCUCAGGACCUACAUGGUAGAAGGAGAGAACCAACCUACUCCUGAACAUUGCCCUCUGACCUACACACACACUAAAAAAGAGAAAGAGGAAAAAGUUUCAAAAUAAAAUACACUGUAAUAAAAGUUUAAUGCAUGAAAAUUGUACUGGGAUGUUGGAAGAGAAGGGACAGGUUGGGGCUUCGCAGUGAACCACUGUGCGGUGGACGUUGUCUUUAGCUGUUCUGUGCUUUGGGAAGUUAAGGUAGAACGGGUGUGCGGGAGACGGGCAUGAUUCAUCCUGUGACCCAGCACUGGAGAGACUGGGGCAGGAGGAUCUUUGAGUUCAAGGCUACCCUGGGCUACAUGACACCUU